UCUAUAGCCGGGUCAUCUCAAGACCCCUUCAAGCAGCUCCUCAGAUGUUCUACUUGGGAUAUGAAGGGGCUCACCUACGGCUUGGCCGUAGCACCGGCCCCAGCUCCGGGUGCUGCCUGGCCUGGCUUCUUUGGCAGUAAUUCGAUCGGGCCUGACUCAGAGCUGAUCCAGGGAGCCAGGAAGGGCAGGCAUGUCCUCGCUCUUCACCGGCAAAGUGUUGAUAAGGAACAACAGUGAGGGGGAUGAGGUGGACACAGAGCAGGAGCUGAGUCACCGGCUGGACAACAGGGUGCUGCUGCUGUAUUUUGGGGCUGGGGAGUGCCCUCAAUGCCAGGCCUUUGCCCCCAUUCUCAAAGACUUCUUUAUGAAGCUCACAGACGAGUUCUACGUAAACAGAUCCUCCCAGAUUGCCCUGGUCUACAUCUCCCAGGACCAGACUGAGGAGCAACAAGACACAUUCCUCAGGGACAUGCCCAGGAAGUGGUUGUUUCUGCCAUUCCAGGAUGAGCUGAAAAGGGACCUUGGGCGGAUGUUUGCUGUCGACCACGUCCCCACGGUAGUUGUGCUAAAGCCUAGUGGCGAGGUGGUCACCCAGGAUGCUGUGGAGGAAAUUGGCCGACUUGGGCCUGCCUGCUUCUGGAACUGGCAGGAGGCCUCUGAGGUCAUAGACCGAAACUUCCUAGCAGCCGAAGACUUUGAUGAUGUGGCACCCAGAAGCCUCACUGACCCCAUCCGCCGUCUCAAAUACAAGAUUGAGAAGGAGACUUGGAGAAGAUCCAACUCACAAGAUGGUGAAAGAGAGGAGGACACUGGGGGUGGGGCACUGUUCUGAACCUGCUGAGUAGGCUCAGAAAAGGGGCCCUGGCUGGAAGGUGCCAAAGCUAUAGGAAGUGGCCCUCUGACUCCUAGAUGUUUGGGUCCCCACAAAGACUUGCAAAAGCAGAGAGGCAGAAAAGACACUGAACUGAGGUCCAAGCAGUGGAUCAGUCUUGUGCAUGAACCCUGAAAUCUCAGGGACCAUGCUCCCUUGUUCCUGCCUGAUGUCCCACAUGCUCUCCUUCAGACUGGAGAACCUGGUCCCUGGAGGGACAGGACUCUUUCUGGGGAGAUACCCCUGAAGCUUCAGGGGCUGAGGGCUGGAUGCUCCAACAUCAACCUUUAACAAUUCUGUAUGAGGCACCAGCUGCCAGAGUUGCCCAGACCCCUCUACAUUCUAUUCCCUCUAGCGGUCACCCCAACUGUGUGGCCCUUCCAAGAUGAGCUAGACACUAGAGGAAUGAAGAGUAUGAGGCUACGGGGAACAGAAUCUCAGAGCUGCAAGGGACCUUGGUGACGAUGUAUUUCAACCCUGACCCAAACCAGAAUCUCCUCAACAAUGGACUUACCUACUAAGGGACUUUGUAGCCUCUGAGGCCCUCCUCCAAAGGAGAGCCCAGCCCCUCCCAGCUGGGGAGAGCUCUAAUUUUCAGGAAGCCCUUCCUUACAUCAAGCCUAAAGUUGCUGCCUCUUUCUGACUUCUACUCUUUGCUCCUCAUUUGGCCCAAUCUUCUCUUGUGAGAGAGGGCCAGAAGGAGAAGCUCUGCUCUCUCCCCAUUGUGGGGUGUGAAGCGGGAGGGCAGUCCACUAUCAAAGAUAGGAAACAAUGGGAUCAAGGAGAAG